UCAGCUGUAUUUUUAGUUUAAUGCUGUAUUUUAGCAAAGUAAUGGGAAAUGGGGCUGCGGGGCUCUUGUAUUACUGUGUUCCUUAAACAAAAGCAUAUUUUGUACCUCAGUGGCUAGCAGAUUCAUUCUAAACACACUGAAGUCUUCUAGAUAAAAUGUUUCAUCUUCAGAUGGGCAAUGCCACAUUGUCUGACAGGAGGUGUGUUGGCAACGCUUCAGCUGUUAGCAAGGUGAAGGAGACCAGGAGAGCUUAGCUGGUUCAUCCUCAGCAGUGGUCAGUGUGGCAACAUUUCAACACUCUUACAGAAGUGCUCUGUGAAAAUACUUGUCUGCAUCCUCUCAGAGUGGGAUUGUGGCAAAGUCCUGUGUCAUUAGAAUAGAGGCGGCACAGGGAAUGGUGACAGACCCCAUGGCAAGUUAGUGUGCAGUGUGUGUGCUCCAAGUAGAGGCAGCAAGGGGAGUGGUAACAGACCCCAUAGUACCUUAGUGUGCAGAGUGUGUGCUCCGAGUAAAUGCAACAAAGGAGGAUUGUAACAGACUCCUGGCAACUCACCGUGUAAUGUGUGUGUGUGUGGCUUGAGUGAUGGCAGCAGUGGGUGAUAAUGGGCUUCAUGGUGACUCACUGUACUUGUAUACCAUUAUAAAGUUCAACAAAAUUGAAAGAAAACAUGAAAAUAUGUAACAAAGUAGGUAAACGAAAGUAACCAAAUAAAGAGAUUGACAAUUUGGUAGUUAAAUGGGCUUGUCCAAAUUGACAUCACUCCUUGGUGUCCCAACAGCUUCCCCAUGACAACACCAUCUUAUGUGGAACACCAGCUAGAGUGGCAUGUGUGCAGAUGUAGUGAAGGAGCCACAGCCACAGCCACAGCCACAGUCACAGCCACACAGCAACUCCAGAAUGGAAGAGGAAGACAGCAGUAUGAAGGUGGAAGAUGACAGCAUGGCAGAGGUGAGGAAGUUUGAGUGUGAGGAGUGUGGGGAAAUACUGAAUAGCAGAAGCAAGUUUAUUCAGCAUUCCUUGUCUCACAGAGGAGUGUCAGUGUUCUGCUGCCAGAAUUGUGAGCAGCUCUUCUAUUGUGAGAAGCAGCUGGAGCAACACAUUUCUCUCCACAUGAAGCAGGACCGUCAUGAGUGUAAGUUGUGUGGAAAGCAGUUCACCAGAGAGAGUAAUCUUGAGAGACACACAAAGAUUCACUCAGGAAAGAAAGACUUUACUUGUGAAACAUGUGGUAAGGCAUUCAUCAGGAAGAGUGACCUUCAGCAACAUUCAAACAUUCACUUGGACUCAAAGAAAUACAAGUGUAACGAGUGUGGCAAAGCCUUUGCUCAGAGGGGGAACCUUGCCCGACACCUGCUCAACAUUCACCCCGGAGCGAACCAACACAAGUGUGACGAGUGUGGCAUGACUUUCACCUCCAAGUGUGACCUCAAUAGACAUGUCAAAAUUCAUACCAUUGCAAGAGGCUACAACUGUGACACAUGUGGCAAGACAUUUAAUCUUCACAGUAGUUUUAAGCGACACGUAAAUAUUCACACUCAAGAAAAGCAAUACAAAUGUAGUGUGUGUAAAAAAAUCUUCAACCACAAGAACAACCUGACCAAGCACCUGAACACACACACUGGGGAGCAGCAGUACAAGUGUGAGGUGUGUGGCAGGACGCUGUACUCCCGCAGUGACCUCACGCGACACACCAACAUUCACACCAGGGAAAAGGAGUACAAGUGUGACGAGUGCGGCAAAAUAUUCUACGCUAAAGGUGACCUGACGCGGCACACCAACAUCCACACGCAGGCAAAGAUCCACGUGUGUGAGGAGUGCGGCAGAACGUUCACCCACCGCAGCAGCUUCAAGCAGCACAUGAACAUUCACACAAGAGCAGAGCAGUUCAGCUGUGAUGAGUGUGACAAGGUAUUUUAUCAGAAGGCCAGUCUGGUCAAGCAUAAGAACAUUCAUGCUGGGAUAAAGUAUGCCUGUGAUGAGUGUGACAAACACUUCAAUGAGAAGAGUCACCUCAAGAGACACAAGAAUGUUCACACUAGAACGUUAAAGUAAAUACUUUGCUUUAAUCACAGCAACAGUGAUGAAGCAUUUUGAAAUUCAGUACGAAAAUUUUUUACUGGGAAUUGUAAAAUGCAAAAGUUUUCAAAAUCUAUACAUUUUUGAGUGGUGAUGCAGGCAGUUCCAGAGUGGUGUGAGAUUGAUAAUAUUUGGGCACUUACAAAUCCUCUUUGUGAUUGAAACUUUUUUUUUUAUUUAAGAGGGGAAAACUGGCCAAGGGCAACAGAAAGAGUUAAACAAAAGGCCCACAUUGGUUUCUAGUCCCCUAGCUGGUCUGAGAGAGUUAACCAAAAGAAUGGGAUUGUUGUCUUGAAACUUCCCUCUUCAAUGAGUUCAGGUCACAGGAAGAUGAAAAUACAGAAGCAGGCAGACAGUUCCAGAAUGAUUGAGAGCACUGGUUAACUCUUGCAUUAGAGAGGUGGACAGAGUAAGGGUGAGAGGAAAAAGAAAGUCUUGUGCAGUGAGGCUGCAGGAGGAGGGGAGGCAUGUGGUUAGCAACAUCAGAACAGGUUGGCAUAAAAACAGAAGAUAGCCAGAGAUUCAACAUUGUCCCACUAUCAUUUCCAUUUAAGUAAUAGAGAUUGCUAAGGAUGUAGAGAAUCUAUGGACAUUGCUUGUAUCAUUAGGAAUGCUCCUGAAUCUGCCAGAGGUGUUACAGCCACUUUCUUUUAUACUAUGCAAAAAAAAAAAAAAAAAAAAAAAAAAUCACUAAUAUUGGCUGACCUAAUCACACAACUUGUCUCCUGAAUACAGGUCACUGCCACCGUCACUGCCCACAAAACAACAAAUGAUCCUUGAAUAACAUCACCAUUCCCUCCAGGACACACCUAAUCCUGUAAUUACAAAAGGACACAGGUGAUGUUAACAAGUUAAUUAAACUCUAAGGAUGCCAGGAUCCUCCA